AUGGAGAACCUCACCUUUGCCUUUGCAUCACGCGUGAAGGUGGCCGGCGUUCGCAUGCGAAGCGUGCAAACCCAUGUGGGAGCUCCAGAGGUGAGGGAUUGUGGCAACGAGUCCAUCGAGAUGGAGGUAUGGGAGGAGUACGAUGACGAUGAAAUGAUGGACAUGGGCAAUGACAGCAACAUGUCCAGCAUGUCCAGCAAUACCUCUGCCACGAGAAGACAUGGCAACAUGACAGAGGAGCGGGCCAUGCGGCCAAGGUACUUUGAGUAUACCAACUGCUCGUUCGAGGUGGACCCGGUGCCAGAGACCCACGUCUCCGAGCAGAUGGUGGCUCCGCUAGGGGUUGGGUACAACACCGAGGCCAGCAUACCGGCGAGCUUGAAUCCAAACCUCGUACAUGUCGCCGGUGGUGCGGAGCUCGCUAUUUACGGCAACUUCUAUGGGCAGGAAGACAUGUGGUGUGGCUUCGAAGGUGUUAGGCAGCGGUCGCGUGCGGUCCGCAUCUCGAACCUGGAGAUUCGCUGUCAAGUCCCUCCUCGUACUGUGGGCAUCAGUCGUGUGUAUCUGACAGCCCGUGAUGCACGUGGUCUUCCAAGCGUGGUGUCCGCCAACGUCGGAAUGAUGCAGCUGGAGUACGUUGAGCCACUUCAUCUCUUCGAUGUUGAGCCCAAGCAGGUGAUCGACGGAAAGAGUACCCAUCUCAAGGUCCACGGUUCGAACUUCCGACCUGUCUCAUCUCUUCGCUGUGGCUUCGAAAGUCGGGUGCAACGCCGCAGCCUUCUCACCCACCGGAUUCCUGUAUGGACGUGGCUUGGGCAUGUGCAGUGCAGCUCCCGCAUCGCAGCGGAUGCGAUUCGCACCUUCGUCAUGUUCUCCGCGGAGGCUCUCGAGCCCUUGGAUCGCGUGGAUCAUUUCAUGUGCGUCUCCUACCAGAAAGAUGGCACCUGGGUAUAUCACUUGUUUGACGAGAACGGUGUGCUGGCUGAACCACUUCUGCCACGCCUGGAUGAUGCUCUGGUGGCCGAGAUUGUCGGCAAAGACAUCAUCUCCUUGGAAAGGUACACCGGCACUUUUGCCGGAGUUCACAUCGGAUACGACAGGGGAGAUCUGGAGUUCCAGCCUGAUAUCGACAACCUGACCCAGUGGAUGCUGGAUCGUGACAUUGAGCUGCCGCAGGCUAUCCCGCGCAGAACCACAUCUGCACCAACAACAGCUACCACGUCAACGGAGCCUCCCAGCGAGAACGAGAGCAACGUGACCACCACCAGUGGGCUGCAGCCAGAACUACAAGAAGAUGAUGAGGUCGAAAACGACACCAACGAGACCGCUCCAAACAUCAGCGUAAAUGUCACGGUGACGAAGAGGACAACCACCGUGCGAUCCAGCACGACCAGCUUCCUGGCACCAACCACAACUGCUGGUCCGGACAAUUCCGAUGGUGUCGACGAGAAUGUUUCCGACGACAGCGACGAUGUAAAUGAGUCGGACAACGCUUCAACAACAACGCAGACAACGACAACUAGCAGCACCACAAGCACGACAACGUCCAGCACGACCACAAGCAGCACGAGCACAAGCACCAGCACCAGCUCCACCUCCACAACCACAUCAUCUUCUUCAACCACCUCCAGCUCCACUUCCACUACGACCUCCACGUCGUCCACCUCCACUACUUCGUCCACUAGUUCCACAACCUCUUCCACCAGCAGCACCACCAUCACCAGCACCACAACCACCUCGUCCACCACAUCCACAGUUACUACAACCGAUGAGAAUGCCACUUGGUCGAACUACACAGAUGACAAUGAGACGCUGGAGGAGAGAAUUCCAGACAUCAUCAAUGUGUGGGUGUCUGGAGGUGAUUUCUUUGUGAACAGGGAAGUUGGUUGGGACACGAAUUUUGUGACCACAGAGCCCGAGUACCUGUCCCGUCAUCUCAUACUGUGCCCGACUCCCGACGGCCUCUCCUGGCUGCGUAAAGGGGAAGACAUGGUCAAGCUGCGUGUGACACUGAACGGUCAGGAGUGGUCAGAUUCCUCUUUGGGGUUGACGGUUUUGCACAGAGACGUCGAGCCGGAAAUGAGUGAGGACCUAGUCCUUCAGCCAGACAUCCCACGGUUGGAGGUGCAGGGAAACCUCUCGCACGACCCCGAGUUACGAUUCAGGCUUGCUCAAGUGACACCCGUUGUGGGCCCUUCCUCUGGGGGUACCGACUUGACUCUUACCAUCACGACCUGGCCGCGGCUUCUUCCAGACUUCCACUUCGACUGCGUUAUCGGCUUGCAGCGGGUCCCUGCCACCUUAUUGCAAAUCCAAUCGUCUCCCGAUUUCCGCAGCUAUACACUGGGAUGCACGGUGCCCAUUGCUAUGAACAUCCCAAGGUUGACUGCUGCUGGCUGCACCUGCAAAAAAGUCUGGUUCACACCUUCCGGACAGAUGUGCGACAGCUCCUGCUGCAAUCCUGAUGGCGAUGCACCGAGGUCCUGGUGCGCAGUCGAACAGCCUUUAUGUCAGGGUGCCGACUGGGGCGUGUGCGACAGCGAAGAGGAUCCCAUGUUGGCCGGCAGCUACCCGGUGUGUGUGCGUGUCGUGCCAUCUUCUGCAGAGAAUGUCUUCGAGUAUGAGCCUUGCCAGCAUCGGUUCACCUACAUCAGGCAGCCGCAUGUCGACAGCGUGACGCCACGUUCUGGGCCAAACACAGGUGGCACAAACGUUACCGUGCACGGGCGGUACUUCCCCGAAGAACGACUGGGUGGGCUCUUGUGCCGAUUCGGCAGUCAAGAAGCAGGAGCCAUAGCUCCGGGACGAUGGCUCAGCAGCCGAGAAAUCACUUGUGUGACGCCGCAAUCCCUGGGGAAAGACCACGGUUUGAGGACAGUCCCAGUUACGAUUUCCAUCAAUGGUGGUGCAGACUGGACGCCGACCACGGCAUACUUCAGCUUUGUGAGAGAGCUGCGAGGUGCCAUUUACCCAGAGUUCGGGCCGCGGCGUGGGGGCACACUGCUGGAUGUGCAUGUGGUGCGCGGCGAUGGAGAGGUGGAGACGGAGCUUCUGAACAUGUCGCAGGUGAAGAGCUGUUGUUUCGGCUCGCCACCGGCAACGAUCGUGCCAGCUGUGAAGGUCACGGACAUGUUGUAUCAGUGCAAGACUCCUCCAUGGCCGCAGAGCCCGGUGAGCAUCGACGUGGGCAUCGCUCAGGCGGAUGGCCGCUGUCAGGGCCCUCCGUAUGCACGCUUCGAGUACUCUGAGCAGUGGAAGAUAACCCGGGUGUACCCAUCGGAGUUCGACGAGAAGCAGCAGGCAGAAGGCUUCAAGCUCUUCGUGUCGGGUGAGAAUUUCCGACCCUCUCGGACGGCAAUGUGCCGACUGGGUGGCGAAGGCGGUAUCCUGGCGCCAGCAGAGGUCAUCCUGAACAACUUCACCCUUUUGUGUGCAGUGCCAUCGACGGGCUUCAGUCUGGCCUCUUCUCCAGCAGGAACGACAUACGAAGUCGAGGUUGCCAUGAACGGACAGGACUUCACUCCGGGGGUGCCUCCAGUUCUUGUUCGCUUUGUGACGGCGACCUCUGUCGUGACAGUCGAUCCGGAGAACGUCUCGGCGUUGGGAAACCUGCCUUUGACUGUGACAGGGGCCAGUUUGGCGGCGGAUGCGCGCUUCUGCAUCUUCGGCGAAGGGGAACGGGCAGUCGAGGUCCCAGUUUCGGUUCUCGCCAGCGACCGGCAAGUGGUUUGCACGACUCCGCACUGGGAGAUCCGGCCACAUGGUGCAGCCUCAGAGCGCGUACUGGUUCGACUGUCCACCGACGGUGCCGGCACCGCACGGUCCUCCACGGCGUACGUGAAUUUCGUGGCGUACCCAGAACCGCUCACAGUGGAUCCGAUUGAGGGCCCUGUUGAAGGUGGGACGAUGGUCCGAGUCCAUGGCCAGCACUUCCGGCCACACGGGCAGGACCUCUUCAUCCGCUGCAUCUUCGGAACUCGCAGGAGCCAGGCUUUGAUCCUCUCGGAUUCGGAGCUCCAGUGCACAUCGCCACCCGUGGAUGGCGCCUGGCUUCCCACGGGGUACUUGGCCAACUUUGACCUCGAGACGGUUCCAACGCCAGCGAUCGUGAAGGGCCUAACGCCGGCAGCAACCCAGUUCCCCAAGAAGCAGCUGACGUUCUACUACCGGCGCUUCGUUCCGAGCAUCUCAUGGGUGGAGCCUUCGAGCGGGCCUGAGUUUGGAAGCACCUUGGUGUCUCUCAGAUCUGAUGUGCCUAUCCUGAACUCGAAGAACCUGAAGUGCGUUUUCGGGAACAUCCAAGUCCCACUCUUCCUGGUGACGCAGAACGAGGCAACCUGCACCUCGCCACCGCUGCACAAGCCGGGAGUAGUGGAGCUUACGCUGACCGCAGAUGGCCAAAAUCGAAAGCAGAUUGGUCCGAGCGGCGAUCCGGUUCGUUUCAAGUACUACGUCACCCCGACUGUCGCCAAGGUGACGCCCUCCUUCGGCUCAUCGCGUGGUGGGACGAUCGUUCAGCUGGAGGGUGCGCACUUCAUCAACGACGUACGCUUGACCUGUAAGUUCGGCGACCUGAUGGUUCCAGCAUUCCGGUUCAUCUCCAGCGCACUUGUGCUUUGCAGGACGCCGAUUGUACCCCCUGGCCGAGUGCAGGUGUACUUGUCCAACAACGGACAGAAUUUUACAGGGGGAAGCGAUGCGACCUUCGAGUUCUUGGGCUUCACGUACUUCCACCUCUACCCGUACCUGGGGCCAAUCAGCGGAAACACGACCGUGCUUGUGGAGUCUGCCUCCGUUCCAGUUGGCGCCGCCUCUACGAUCCGCUGCAGAUUUGGCACUUUGUCAGUGCCUGGCAUUCGGGUCAACGACACUUUUUUGCAGUGCGUGUCUCCUGCUGUGGUUACCCCUGGCGAGGUGAAGUUCGAGGUCUCACUGAACCAGCAAGACUUUGUGGAGGGCUCCCAGAAGUUCUUGUACUACACGAAUCCGAGGAUUCUGCAAGUGGACCCACCACUUGGCCCGAGUCACCGGAGUUUGAGCAUCCGGCUGAUAGGCGAGGGGUUCAUCAGCACCAACUACCUGACGGUGCGCUUCGGCGGUGUUUCCAUCCAAGCGGAAGGCCAGAACCUGGUUCAAACGGCUUUGGCAUCAACCGAUACGGAGGCGGUUGUGGAGUUGCCAAAGCUGUCGGUUCACACGGACAUGACCCGGGUGCUGGCACCUCAGACAUCGUGCGAGAGAAAAGUGACACGAUGA